UUCCGUACGCAAGAAAUGAAGGCAGGAGGAGAGAGGACUCAGGAGUCAAGACUCAAUAGUAGAAUAUGGGUAAAUGCAGUUCCGGGGACGAUUAGAAUUCUCGUUCCCUAUACGAUAAAAGGUGAGGUUUUUUACUUUUGGAACAUUUGCCGGGAGAAUCUGUACAGGAGUUUCUCUCAGACGAAGCAAAUGAGGGUGACGACAAGGGAUCUAGCGUUCGCUCAUCUCCUAGGGUUAGCUCUUCUGUGCAUCUUAGCGUCAAAUGGAGUUCUAAGCAUUAGGUUGCCUGAUCGCGUCCCUGUGGCCGUGAAUGUCCCCUCGAAUCAGCCUUUGAAGACAGCGGUUUUCGCCCUAGGGAGCUUUUGGAGGUCUGAAGCUGUGUUCGGAUGCUUGAAUGGGGUUGUGCGGACCACCGCUGGUUACGCUGGGGGAAUAAAACUCAAUCCUGAGAUCCGUUCAGGUGUCUUGCUUGCUGCUGCUAUUUAUUCAUCUGAUGAUGUGGAGAGCAAUGGUUCCACACCUACCUUAAAUUUUAGACUUGGGUUUGAGCACAUAAAUAUCAGUCUUCUUCUUCAUCUUUUUCGUAUAACAUACAUGUAUGCUUUCGUGAAUGCUCCGCAGAUUGAAUAUGAUCCCAAGUUGAUUCAUUUCAGGCAACUUUUGGAGGUCUUCUGGUCUAAUCACGAUUCUAGGCAAGUAUUUGGCCAAGGUCCUGAUGUGGGUUCGCAGUACAGGUCAGUAAUCUUCACCAAUGGAACUGAAGAAGUUAGAUUGGCUGCUUUGAGCAAAGAAAGGGAACAGACCAAAUCAAAGAGCAGUAUUGUGACCACGGAAAUUCAGCAACUGGUUACUUUUUAUCCUGCUGAGCCAGAACAUCAGAAAUUUGAGCUUAAGAGAAAACCCUUCCUUCUCCAGCUUAUUGGGAAUAUGCCAGAGGAGGAACUUGCAAAAUCAAGCCUAGCAGCAAGACUUAAUAGCUAUGCAGCGGAGCUUUGCCCAUUGAGGAGCCAAAGGCAGAUUGAUGCCAAGAUCAGUGAAAUCCUUAGGAAAGGUUGGCCGGUCUUGAGAGAAGUCUAGAUUCGAAAUCGUUGGGAUCUGUACACAUUCAACUGUUGAGUGGAAAUGCUGGUUCGUCUUGAGACUUGAGAAUUGCAAGCUGAGCAGGACAAAGGAAGAGAAGAUCAAUUGUUAUUGUUUGUGCCAUUGUACAAGGUUUUGCUGGCUCCCGGGUUUGAGCAGCCUCUGGUUGCUCUUGUUGAGUGUACAACCCUGCUUUUGUUUUUAAAUCGGAAACUGUAGAACAUUAGGUAAUUGCUGUAAACUUUUUUAUUUUUAUUUUUUUUAUUUUGGUAACAAAAAAGCAUAAUUUCACCUCCUACCCUUGGAAUUUUAAAAUGUCUAGACUACUCUUAAAUGUUACUUGGUUACCACACAUUCUUUCAA